UGGCCCAAAAUGCGAGAUGGACCAUCAAGACGAAAUUCCCGCAGCUUCCAUCUCGCAUACUACUCCCCCCGGACCAUUGCUCAGCAGUUGACAUACCUUUCUCAGACGCGGCUCUUGAGAGAAAACUCAGUGAGAGAUCUCAUCCGGUAGAUGUCGUCCUUGAGCCACUUCUUCUUCUUCCCGCGGUACCUAGCAGAACAGAUACGCAAUGCACCCCCCAAAAAGAACUCCGUCCUCACAUGCCGUAGUCGGGGCCUCUCCGAAACCUCGCGGUCCAACACCAUGCUGAUACGAUGGAGGCGCAGUGGUGAUCAGCUCAAAGGGUCUUUCGCGGCCAAAUUCAGCUCACUCCGCUUUCCUUCGCCCCACUUGACGUCGCCGCCGAGUCGUGCUCUGCCCUGCAAUAGGGAGCUCGACGAUCGCAGGAUCAGUGGGAGAUCGCGCUGUCCGACGACGGAGGCAGCUAAUGCCGGCGCGGAUGACGCACACGGAGAGCCCGUUCCGGCUACCGCAUGAAGGAGGAGGCGAGCACAGCCCUCGAGACGGGCCCGCUCGGGCACAGCGAAGGCAGAGCCAGUAUAACAAUGCGCGUUGACGGCCAUCCCGAGCUGAAGGUGAAACCGAGGCGCCGAACGGUGGCAAGGCGCA